AUGGAAGCAUUAUUUAAUUAUUUAUUUCUAAACACUGAUAGUUUAAUUCCAAUUCCCAUUUAUAAUAAUGAUAAUGGACUUCUCAGGGAAUUUCUCAGUGAUAAGAAAGAUGCUAAAAAUACUAGCGAUAUGAUACUUUGGAGAGUUAAUGUCAAGAAAAAAGAUAUAAAAAGUGUUCCUCUGGCUAAAAUUGAAUUGACCUUUCAGCUCGUUAAAACCUUUGGUAAAGACUUUGAACUUCAUCAACGAGAAGACACCAUCGAUACCCUCUGGAAUGGUAGCACAACGAUAUUUGGGAUUAAGAGGCGAUUUGAACAUCGCAAUGUGGAUGACAAAUACUUUCAUUCAAUCCCCGUCUUAGCCGGUGGACCUGAAUUUCUUGAUGAAAUCGAAAGAUCGCUCAGGCAUUGUAUUAAUGAAUCUGAUAAGAAAAUUUACCGCAGCGGCCUCAUUUCAAACCCAUAA